AUGGCUACCCCUAGUGUCCUAGCUUUUGACGCUGAGGGUCGCGCCAUUGAUUUUGAGGUCUGGUUAGACGACCUGCAGCUGUUCUUACAGUGCGACAGGGCUGACGACCUUUCUCUCUUUGACCUCACCUCUGGCGCCUCUCCUGCUCCUGCUGCUGAUGCUGAUCCCACUGUCCGCUCUAAGUGGGCCACCCGCGAUGCUGCUGCACGUCUUGCUGUGCGUCGCCAUCUCCCUACCUCCGAGCGUGCGCACUUUAGUCAGUACAAGAGUGCUCAGACCUUGUACGACGCUGUAGUUGCGCGCUACUCCUCCCCUGCCACUGCUGCACUGAGCCGUCUCAUGCUUCCCUACCUCUUUCCGGACCUCUCUGCCUUUCCCACUGUCGCUGACCUCAUUACGCACCUCCGCACUAGUGACACUCGCUACCGCGCCGCCCUUCCUGCUGAGUUCUGCGCUAAGAACCCCCCCCCCAUGUACAUCGCUCUCUACUACGUAGUCGCGCGCCUCCCUGACUCCCUUCGCGUCGUCAGGGACCACUUUCUCGCAGUCUGUCCCACCACCCUCACCGUCGACCUCCUCGAGAAGGCCCUCCUCGCAGCGGAGAAGAGCAUAGUCGCUGUAGGUGCUUCUCGUGGUGACCCUCGCACCCCCAUCUUUGAGGGGUGCUCUCCUUCCCCCUUGCUGCCCCGUGUUGCCUCUGCUGCUGCUGCCGACCUGCUUGGUCUUGAGUCGGUCGGCGCGGCGUCUGCCCCUAGUGGGAGACGUCGCUCCAGCAAGGGCAAGGGGGGCAAGGGCGCGGGUGGAGCUGGAGGGGGCGGUGGCGGUGGCGGCGGUGGCGGCGGAGGGAGUGGGGGUGGCGGCGGGACUGGUGGCGGGGGUGGUGGUGGUGGUGGCAGCAGCGGCGGAGACGGUGGUGGUGGUGCCAGCGGUGGUGGUGGAGGCAGCGGCGGAGGUGGAGGCGGCGGAGGUGGAGGCGGUGGAGGCGGCAGCGGAGGAGGCGGUGGUGGUGGAGGAGGUGGAGCUGGUCGAGGUGGUACCCAGCAGCGUAGCGGCGGUAGUGGUGGCCAGCGCUCGCAGCGGCAGCAGCUGCAGCGCUCGCGGGACAUCCCUCCGCCUCAGCAGCUUCGUGAGUGGUACGCUGGGCGUCAGAGGGGUGGGGGUACUGGUCCCUGCACCUACGUUCUUCGUUCCGGCGACCGCGCGGCGAUCUUUGAUCUUGAUUUUGAUGCUAUCCUUGCUGCUAUGUAUGUUGUGGAUUAUAGUGAGGAGAAUGAGGGUUACCGGUGUUUCCAGCCCGACCCGGGCAUUGGUACUGCUGCGCUAGGUGCUUGUGAGGCUGCCGCUCUAGGUGCCAGUGCGUCUGUGCUUUCAGGUACUGGUGAGACUGCGCUCUCAGGUACUGCGUCGUCCUCGUCCUCCCUCACUUUCACACUUGACUCCGGAGCUUCUCGCUCCUUCUUUCGAGACCGCACUACCCUUACGCCGCUCGGCCGGCCGGUUGCGGUCUCCCUUGCUGACCCCUCUGGGGGUCCUGUCCUGUCUCACUUCUCCACUGUCCUCCCGUGUCCGGCUGCCCCUUCGGGCACCCUGUCUGGUCUGUACCUUCCCUCGUUCUCUACGAACUUGGUGAGUGGAGCGGACCUGCAGGAUGUGGGGGUUCACCAGUUCACUCCUGCGAGUCAGCGGGUGACCCACUGCACGGAGGCACGCACAGGCCGACACCUUGCCACGUUCUCGCGUCGGCCGCGGUCGAGUCUCUACACCCUGACCGUUGAGUCUCCUCCUGUCCCUGCGUCUGGUCAGGUGGCUCCGUCGGGUCAGGUGCUUGCUGCUGCGUCCCGGUCAGGUCCUGAGUCUGCCCCCUGUUCUUGUCGCCUCCUGUCUCACGAGACUCUCCUGUGGCACCACCGUCUUGGCCACCCCUCCUUGCCCCGUCUUCGGAGCAUGGCUUCCCGUGUCCUUGUCUCUGGUCUUCCCCAGUCUCUCCCUCCUCUCCCCCCCGGGCCAGGACCUUCCUGUGUCCCCUGUGUCGAGGGUCGCCUCCGGGCUACUCCUCACUCCUCCCACUUCCCCCCGACAGAGGCUCCCCUGCAGACGCUUCACAUGGAUGUGUGGGGCCCAGCCCCCGUCCGUGGGCAGGGUUACGAGCGCUACUUCCUGUUGGUGGUUGACGACUACUCGCGUUACACCACAGUCCUCCCCUUGCGCAGCAAGGGUGCGGUCACUGAGGUGCUGAUCGACUGGAUCCGUGAGGCUCGUCUCCAGCUCAGGAAGAGCUUCGGCUCGGACUUUCCUGUUCUGCGUCUGCACUCGGACAGAGGCGGAGAGUUCUCUUCUCGCCUUCUGCGGGACUACUGUCGUGCACGGGGGAUCCGCCAGACCUUCACGCUUCCGGACUCACCACAGCAAAAUGGGAUUGCUGAGCGCCGCAUUGGCAUGGUCAUGGAUGUCGCUCGUACGUCCAUGAUGCAUGCGGCUGCCCCCCAUUUUCUGUGGCCGUUUGCGGUGAGGUACGCGGCGCAUCAGCUCAACCUUCACCCCCGGGUCUCUCGGCCUGCGAUGUCCCCAGCCUUGCUGUGGACGGGGAAGGUUGGCGAUGCGUCUGUGUUCCGUGUCUGGGGAUCUCGGGCGUUUGUCCGCGACUUGUCUGCGGACAAGCUGUCCCCUCGUGCUGCUCCCUGUGUCUUCCUUGGCUUCCCCACUGACGCCCCAGGGUGGCAGUUUUACCACCCCUCCUCUCGUCGUGUUCUGUCCUCCCAGGACGUCACGUUCGACGAGUCAGUCCCCUUCUACCGUCUCUUCCCCUACCGCACUCCUUCCCUCCCCCCUCCCCCGGACUUCCUUGUGCCGGUAGACGCCGUUGACCCGGUCGAGGUUACUGGUGACUCUGGUGCUGCUGCGGGUGCUGAGCCUGGGGGUGCUGACUCUGGGGGUGCUGUGCGCGGGGGUGCUGAGCCUGGGGGUGCUACUGCUGGGGGUGCUGGGCCUGAGGGUGCUACUGCGGAGGGUGCGGAGCCUGUGGGUGCUGAGCCGGGGGGUGCUGUUCCUGGAGGUGCUGGGUCUGGGGGUGCUGUGCUGGGAGCUGCUGAGCCUGGGGGUGCUGCGUCUGGAGCUGCUGAGCCUGGGAGGCGUGCUGCUGAGUCUGGAGGUGCUGCUGGAGCUGGAGCUGGAGCUUCUUCGACCGUCGAGGGUGCGGGUGCUGCCGGUCCUGGAGCUGCUGGACCUGAGGGUCCUCCUGGAGCUGGAGCUGCUGAGGGCGUUGGUGCUGAGCCUACUGCUGUUGGUCCUGCCGCUGGAGGUGUGGGUGGCGCUGGUGCUGUCGCUGAGGGUGCUGGUGCUGUCCCUGCUGAGUCUGGAGCUGCCGCGCGGCCUCGGCCGUACUUCGUUCCGCUCCUGCAGCAGGUUCUUGGUCUUUCUCCUCCAGUAGAGAGUCCACCGCCUGUCCAGUCGCAGUCCCUGCUGGAGCCUUCCUCUCCACUGCCUGCUCCCUCUCCUUACACUGGUCCUGCUGGAGGUCUUGCUGAGCGUCGUGAGCCUGCGUCUCGUCCCGCGUCGCCUGUUCGUGCUGCUCGCGCUAGUGGUCGCAGUUCACGUCAGCGUCCUCCUCCUGUCCCUGGCACGCACCGGAUGUCUUUGCGUCCGUCCACUGCUCCUCUGCGUGCCCCUUUGCCUUCUCCUCCUGAGUCCUCUCUUCCUGCGCUUGCCGACCCUGAGUCGGACUCUCUUCGUGCUGCCAGUCCUACUGUCACGCGUCUGCUUGCUACUGUCGUCAGUGACCCCUCCUUUGAGUCCACUGCUGCGUCUGCUCUAGUCGCUGAGCUCGUCGACUUUGCUGCUCGCUGUCGUCUCGACUACGCUGCUAGUCUUGUUGCUGAGUCUGUGUCUGUCUGUCCUCCGUCCGUCGGGGGUGAGUGUGCUCUUGGCACGGACGUCCUAGAGGACAGGCAGGAGGAGUUACAGUGUCUAGCGGCUGCUUCACCUCAUCUCGCGUCUGUACUGCUUGCCCCUGAGGGAGACCCGGAUGCACUAGACAUCCCGACUCCGCGUUCUUACGCGGAGGCCGUAGAGGGUCCCUACUCCUCUCAGUGGCAGGCAGCUAUGGAUGCAGAGAUGGCUUCCUGGAAGUCCACAGGCACCUACGUUGACGCCGUUUCCCCUCCUGGGGCGAACAUCGUCAGUGGCAUGUGGAUCUUCAGGGUCAAGCGGCCGCCGGGCUCUCCACCUGUCUUCAAGGCACGGUACGUUGCUCGUGGCUUCAGUCAGCGGCAGGGAGUUGACUACUUUCAGACCUUCUCUCCCACCCCGAAGAUGACUACUCUUCGGGUGCUGCUGCACAUAGCCGCUCAGCGCGACUACGAGCUUCACUCUCUCGACUUCAGCACUGCGUUCUUGCAGGGUAGCCUACACGAGGAGAUCUGGCUUCGCCGUCCACCUGGCUUCACUGGGACUUUCCCUCCUGGCACCCAGUGGAGCCUCCGACGGCCAGUCUACGGUCUCCGCCAGGCACCGCGUGAGUGGCACGACACACUGAGGACUACGCUUGCGGCUCUUGGGUUUGCUCCUUCUACUGCUGACCCGUCGCUGUUUCUUCGCACCGACACUUCCCUGCCGCCGUUCUACAUCCUCGUGUACGUCGACGACUUGGUCUUUGCCACAGCGGACACUGCUGGACUCGCCUACGUGAAGUCCGAGCUGCUGAAGAGACACACGUGCACAGACCUGGGUGAACUGCGCAGCUACCUUGGCUUGCAGAUCACUCGGGACAGAGCACGCCGCACCAUUACCUUGACUCAGUCUCACAUGGUGCAGCAGGUCCUUCAGCGCUUCGGCUUCACGUACUCCUCGCCUCAGGCCACUCCUCUGCCUACUCGCCACUCACUCUCAGCUCUGCCUUCGGAUGAGUCCGUAGAGUCGAGUGGUCCGUAUGCAGAGCUUGUUGGCUGCCUCAUGUACCUGAUGACCUGCACACGACCUGACCUUGCAUACCCUCUGAGCAUUCUUGCACGCUAUGUUGCUCCUGGGAGACACAGACCAGAGCACAUGGCUGCAGCGAAGAGGGUAUUGCGCUACCUGUGCAGUACGUCGGGCAUGGGGCUAGUGCUUGGAGGGCAGAGUCCAGUGGUCCUUACCGGCCACGCGGACGCUUCUUGGGAUGACGACCAGGCUACGCAGCGGUCGUCACAGGGUUACACCUUGAGCCUUGGUUCCGGCUCUGUCUCGUGGCGGUCUACUCGCUCGUCUUUGGUUCUCGGCUCCAGUUGUGAGGCUGAGAUCUACGCCGGGGCCAUGGCUGCACAGGAGCUUUGCUGGCUCACCUACCUGCUGACUGACCUUGUAGAGCCGCCUCGUUCUCCUCCAGUGCUGUACGUAGACAACAAGGCCAUGCUGGCCUUGUGUCGAGAGCAGCGCUUGGAGCACAGAACGAAGCACAUUGCUCUCCGCUACUUCCUUGCUCGUGAGCUGCAGCAGCGUGGUCAGUUGCGACUUGCGUACGUGGCCUCUGAGGCCAACACUGCUGAUGUGUUCACCAAGGCACUCGCGCCUUGUGACCAUCAGCGCUUUUGCACCCAGCUGGGUCUUGUGCCUGUCUUGCCUCACUUGCUCUCCUCUUGA